AUUCCCCCGGCCAUACACGCCACCAUGGAUCCGUGCUUCCGCACACUUUACCUGACUUUCGUGCUGGCGUCUUUUGGCCGCGGGUCAGGUGCGCUCGGCCCGGUGAUCAGGUGCGAGCCGUGCGACGAUGGCGCGCGCCUGUCCUGCAAGCCCCUGCCCAAAGAUUGCGCCGAAAGGGUCCGAGAGCCUGGAUGUGGCUGCUGCCUGACGUGCGCGCUCAGCUUCGGGCAGCCGUGCGGCGUGUACACCGGAAGGUGCGGUGCUGGGCUAUCUUGCCAGCACCAGCCCGGAGAGACCAAACCUCUGCAGGCGCUUCUGGAAGGACGAGGGGUCUGCGCCAACGCCACGACCACUCGGCGUCUCGCGGAGAGACCGACGCCUCCGGUCAAUGAACUGCCAGCAAACAACCACGUGACACGCUCUUUCAAAACACUGGCAGAGACCAUGGAGACUCAGGACGAGGAGCGCAAUUCCACCGGCGGUGUCCUCCCGAAGAGGCACGGUGCCCACAGCAGACCCAUGGGACACAUGAAACCUCCGCUCAACCCCUUCCUGCCCUCUGACAAGGCUGAAAUCUUACGGCGGGAUCAGCAGAAGCGAAAUAAGGGGUUUAAACUUGAGGAAGUACCUGGACCACUCCUGACAGACCAACAGAACUUCUCCCUGGAGAUCAAACCGGAGCCCGAGUAUGGUCCUUGCCGCCGAGAGAUCGAGAGCAUCCUAAGCAGCCUGAAGAUUACAGACAUCCUCAAUCCACGAGGUUUCCGUAUUCCCAACUGCGACAAGAAGGGCUUUUAUAAGAAAAAACAGUGCCGUCCAUCCAAGGGCAGAAAGCGAGGCUUCUGUUGGUGUGUGGACAAAUACGGGCAGCCCUUGCCAGGUUUCGAUGGGAAGGAACGAGGAGUCGCCCGGCACUUCCACUCGCACAGCCAAUAGCGGCCCAGAAGGGACUUCCCUGAGGGAGGGGGAGGGAUAAACAAGCAGAGACACACAAGGAUAUUGGGAGCCAGCCGACGUGUGGAUGUUUGCUCUUUCUAUCUGCCGGACUUUUUGGGACUCAAGGAACAAGAUGGAUUCUUCAUGAACAUUUCUGACGAUGAAGAAGACUUGGGCAAUUGACAGGACACAUAGCUGUGCUGUCAUAACAGUAACAAUUAUUAUGAUUAGGCAAAGAAGCCUUUCAAUUAAGCAUUGCCCAUCUGUCAAGUAUACCUUAUUCUGAUUGGAGCUCAUUGGCAAAAAUGAAAAAGUAUGAGCUUUGGAAUUUGCCCAAAAUGACUUCUAAGCAACCGACUUGCUAUUCAAUUCAGUGUAUCGGCGCUUGAGUGAUUGUGUGUUCAGGACCGCUAAAAUUGCAACAUUUUCACCAGGAUUUCAAGCAUUGCGUAAGCAACAUGAAAACCACAAAACUGUCUACACGUGAAGAAAUCAACUUACCAAGGGGUAAUUACUGAGUUUUUAGGGCAGCGUACAAGCACUUGCAAAAAUUUACGGGUUUUCGGACUAAAUUUCAAUGUAACCCAUUAGCUGUCG